AUGCCACCGCCAAAAGUCCCUUACCAGCCUUACGCUGACGUCCAUCAAACCCCAGCCGGUCCGGGAGAUGCUCGUCCCACAGCCCUGCAAAUCAUCGAAGACAAUGAUCUCCUCGGCAAGCUCACCAACAAGACCGUCCUCAUCACCGGAGGUUCUUCCGGCAUAGGCGUGACCACCGCAGCAGCUUUCUACGAGACCGGAGCAAAAGUCCUAAUCACAGCUCGAGACAUGCCUAAAGUCGAAAAAGUCAUCGACGAUAUCGUGCACAACUCUCCUUCGAAAGACAAGAAAUUCCCUCGACCAGAAGCCAUAGAAGCUCACCUCGACAACCUCCAAUCUGUUCGAGACGCUGCGAAAGUCAUAAAAUCCAAAGUCUCCAGCCUUAACAUCCUCAUCAACAACGCCGGAAUUGCCUUCAUCCCCUACUCCAAGACUGUGGAUGGUUUCGAGCUGGGAAUCGGAACAAACCACUUCUCACACUUCCUCCUCUUCCAAGAACUCAAGCCACUGCUCCUCGCCGGCGCCAAAGAAUGCGGGUCGACGUCGAGGGUCAUCAACAUCUCCUCCGCAGCACACAGAAGAUCGGCCGUCCAUGUCGAUGACAUCAUUUUCGAGCAUCGAGAAUAUGAUCUCUACUUAGGCUAUGGCCAAAGCAAAACCGCGAAUAUCUGGAUGGCGAAUGCUUUGACCCGAAAGUACGGCGCUGAGGGUCUCACCGGCUUGUCCGUCCAUCCUGGUGUGAUAGCGACGGACUUGGGGAGGCAUAUGUCACAGAAGCAGAUUGAUGACCUGAUAGCAAGGAACCAAUCAAGAAUCAAGUCUCUUGAACAGGGUGCGGCGACUACGGUUUGGGCGGCGGUGAGUCCGCACUUUGAGGAUGUGGCGAAUGGAGGGAGGUAUUUGGCAGAUGUUGGAGAGGCGGGAACUGCUGGUAGUAAUCAUGAGGCGUAUUCGCCACAUGCCUAUGAUGAGGACGGUGAAGACAAGCUGUGGAAGCUGAGUUGUAAGGCUGUUGGAGUUGAUGAAGAUUGA